AUGGACUCAACCACCCAAGGGCAGGGGCUGUUCAACGCCGCCAGCAGUUGUGCAGCUCUGUUUAGGAGGCUGACGGAAGCGUCGAAUCAGCAAGAUGCAAGAUUGCUGCAUCUCAAAUCCCAGUUCGAUGGCUGGGCGGCUUUCACGGGGGCACUCACUGCUGACCGCCAGUGCUUGGAUAAUAAUAGAUUGUUCCAGCUUCCUGACGUUGAACGUAACCUGAUGAUUCUCCUGCGCAUGAUUGAGCGAAAUUUGCGGGGUUUGAUUCUUGGUACGUCUGACAAGGGCCGAUCCUCGGAGCUUCCAGCCUCUGUCAAGAUGGGUGAUGUCGAUGGGCACCCUGGUCUUCCGAAACCUGAAGAAUCUUCUGGUGUCUUGACUGGGCUGCCUGCUGUUUCGGAAGCGCUUAGCAGAAUGAACAAGCUGGGGGCCGCCAUCCGCCGAUCGUCUCGCGACAGUAGAAUGCAAAAUGUCCUUGCCAAGACCUCGGGCGCUUGUCGGAAAGAAUGCUUACUUGGUCGUGUCUAUGAGUUCAUUCGGCAAGAAUUUCCCAAUGCUCGAGACAGUCUGGUCGAGCAGUCGGUCGACGCGGUCUAUGAGCAGCGAGAAAAAUUGCUCCAUCUUCAAAGGCACAACCAAAAGCUGGGCACUCAAGGGGACACCAGACAGGCGUCUCUGUCCGAUUCAGGUCGUCAUCGUAGCCAGCCAAGCCUACCGGCUUGUGUGUCCUCGAGGGGGACUUCCGAGACGGAGGCUUCGAUACCAGACUCGGGUCACAUGACCACGCUGCUUGGGUGA